AGCAUAGACCCCUGCUUUUUCUCGGUCCUUCGGAUUGCCCUACGCGGAGCUUUAUCUCACGCUGCCUCGCUAAGGAUUUCGCCAAAAUUUUCAUUUCAAACCCUAUCUCUCUGCCUCCCUUUAUCUCCACCACGGCGGCAUCCAUUCAGAUCUGCAGUCGUUUCCGAUCGAUCUCGGCGUUGUCGCUUUGAUUUUGCUAAUCUCGAUCCCGGUUUCGCCGAUUUGAAGGUUUGGGAUUCAAGUUCUGUGAGCCAGCAUAUCUACUGUUAUCUGGCCACUCAGAAGUGCAAUGCGGGGCUAUGAAAGAGAUCAGGAGUAUGAGAAUUGGGAUGAGUAUGAGGACGAUGGUGAUGAGCAAGAAGAGGAGGAAGAUGGUGAGGAUGGAUAUGAAGAACCUCCACAGCCGACCCAGGAGGAGUUGGAAUAUCUUGAACUGAGGCAAAGGAUAAAAGAAUCUAUCAGAAAGCAGAUGAAAAAGGAUCUGGGCACUGCCAAUUCUGGUUCCCGUGACAAGAUAAAUGCAUUUCGUAAAGACAAUUAUGGUUCCUUCUUUGGGCCUUCACAACCAGUCAUUGCACAGAGAGUAAUUCAAGAAAGCAAGUCCUUGUUGGAGAAUCCAGACUUGGCAGCGAGGAUUUCCAGACCUAACCAUACUAGCAAGAAGACCUCUGUUUCAGCCCCUGCAGGGUCAAAACCUCAAGCCAACCGUCCACCAAUUGUUACUAAUAAGUUGAAAAAAAAAGUUGAAAUGCUCAAAAAUACGAGGGACUAUUCGUUUCUAUUAUCUGAGGAUGCUGAGGUUCCAGCCUCAACAAAGAGCCCUCCACCAAGAAAUCUAUCGGCCCCCAAGUCUGAUGCACGCUCUGCUCAACUAGCUCCAAGGAGCAAACAGGUGGUGAAUGAUCGUGGAAGAGAUGUCUCCAAUGGUCGUGAUGGGAGGAGGCCAAUGCCUCCAAGCAGUCAAAGCAAACCUAAAGGUGCACCAGAGAAGACAGCCAAGUUAUCAACAGAACCUAGAAAACAGCUUGGUAGCCAUAAUGGAAGUGGGCCUGGUCGGCCUCAGGGGCCCAAAGGCAUGCCUUCUAAGAGUCCCAUGCCUGCUUCAGGGAAGGUCACUGCACCCGUUGCAAAAAGUACUAUGGCGGGUUCGCAUAGACCAAACCCUUCAACCAUACAAUCUGGUGCCCGUAAACCAUUGCCAUCACAUAUGCAAUCUGGCACUCAGAGACCUGCUCCUCCGCGCAGUCAACCCCCACUUAAAAAACCCACAGUGCAGAGGAAGGAGUAUCAAGAAAGUAGCAAGCCUAAGGUCGUCAGUAAACAGCCAUUGCCAUCCUCUAGAGAUCAGCAGUUGAAGCGACCAACUCCAAAACUUCCAGCUCGUGGUAAUUUGGCAGAGGAACGGCCAAAGGCAAAACCAAAGAGACCACGCUAUGAUGAAGAUUCUGAUGGUGAAAAUGCUAUAAAUAUGAUCAGACAGAUGUUUGGGUAUAAUCCUAACAGGUUCAGAGAUGACGAUGAUGUUAGCGACAUGGAAGCCAAUUUUGAUGAUAUUAUGAGGGAGGAGAAACGCAGUGCAAAAAUUGCUAAGAGAGAGGACGAAGAACAGCUCCGUCUAAUCGAAGAGGAGGAAAGAAGGGAAAGAAUGCGAUUGGCGAAGAAGCGCAAGCUGAGCCGUCAAUGAUUGAAAUACUCAAAUGAAACCGUUGGCUCUUGUUUCAUUGUGAGAGCUCGAAGUCCCUGAGAAGGCCACUGCAAAUAGGUUCAAGUGUUCUUGCUUUGGUGCAUCAUGGAGAGUGAAACUCCCAGUUCUAAUUUCUUUUUACAGAACCUUAUAACAGCCUGAGAGCACACCAAAUGGAUUCUUUGUUUUCGUCACCUUACUUUUCACCGAGAGGUGAAUCUGUAAUUUAUCAUCAUUUUUAGUUGUCUUGUGUAGGUGGGCGUUGACAUUCUUUUUCUAGCUGCUUGCUUUUCUCUAGUUAACAAUGCAAAAUGAGAGGGGGAGGAAAAGCUGUAAGUUGUAGGAGGUUGGGAUCCAUAUGGGUUUCUUGAUUGCUUAGGCUUCUUAUGUAGUGCAGCAGACUCUAAUAAUUCAUAAUUAUGGUGGUCGAUUAGAUCAUUGACAGAUGACGAUACAAUUUGAAAAAUUCUUGCCCAAUAGGGUUUUAGAGAGAGCGAAAUAGCCUUGAGCUUUUUGUUA